GUAUACGCAAAUAAUAUUUAAGAGCUGUAGAGAGAGAAAUUACCUAACUGGCUGUAACAUGUAAGUCUGCAUGGAAUUUAAGAGCUCUGCCUAAUUAGUGUACAUACAAUAGAAUAUAUAAUUGAACUGCUAAUAAGUCAACAAAGAUUUCAUUAUAAAUAUAUAACAAUCCCCACUGAUUUAAUUUGUAUAAUCCAAGUUUAACAGAAACAAACAAUUAGUUAAGUGUAAGAAAUGGCAAAGACCCUCAAUUCAAUCUGCUUCGCCACUCUUUUGCUCGUUGUCUUGUUAAUGUCCACCGAAAUCCAGAAGAGCGAGGCGACUUGUAAGAAGUUCUUAGGCGAAGCCCCAGUGCAUCCAUGUAAGGAAAAAGCUUGUAAGGAAGUGUGUAAGGAACAUUACUACCACUCAUGUAAAGGAGAGUGUGAGAUGCAUGGCUACGAAGAGCAUUGCCACUGUUACGGAAAAUACUGAAAAUUACACAAAUAAAAUCUAUCGUAUGAAAUAAAAAAAAAAAAAAUCUUAUACAUAUAUAAUGUAAUUGUGGUAUGUUCGAUCUAAUAAGGUAUGUAUGUUUAAGUUGUUUGCUUCAAGUAAAAUGAAGAAUGUUGACCUUCUAAGUUUAUAAUAAGAUCAUGUUGUAUGCUGUUUCGUAUUAAUAAUAAACUAUA